GGACACUGAAUCUCAGGGGAGCUUGAACGAGGGGAAAAUCCAACGUGCGCAUGCGUACAGAGCACAGUGUUCAAGAGGAAAGAAACUGUCCGGUCGCAGACAGUCUCCGAGACGCUUCCUGUCCGUACUAUAGAAUCACCAUGAUUCUUCAGAGGCUCUUCAGGUUCUCCGCUGUUCUUCGGUCGGCAGUCUCUGUCCAUUUGCGAAGAAACAUUGGUGUUACAGCAGUGGCAUUUAAUAAGGAACUUGAUCCUAUACAGAAGCUCUUCGUGGACAAGAUUAGAGAAUACAAGUCAAAGCGACAGACAUCUGGAGGACCUGUUGACACUGGUCCAGAGUAUCAGCAAGAUAUGGAGAGAGAGCUUUUUAAACUUAAACAAAUGUAUGGUAAAGCUGACAUGAACACAUUCCCAAGCUUCACAUUUGAAGAUCCCAAAUUUGAAGUCAUCGAUAAACCUACAGCCUGAAGAAAUAAUGUAAAAUUAAUUUGGUAGUUUGCCAUGGAUUUAUUGCACAACUAGUGAGAAGUAUCGGAAUAAACAUACAUUUUAGAACUGUCCAAUGUUCUUUUAAUUCCGAUUGCAAAUAAAUUAUUUGAUGCUGAACCUACACUUGACU